AUGUCCUCUACCUUAACACUCUUCCUCGCAUCUACCCUAUAUGGCUUACCAUCUCUAAUUCUGUACAUUUUAACAUUUGUAGUAAUAUUAAGACACCGAAAAACAUUUGAUUCCUCUUUUUUCCAACUAUAUGUGUUUGAUGGAAUCAUGAACUUAUUCACCUAUAUUAUGGGAUUCGUGGUAAUUCGUCUGGCUAGUGUAACCUGUGGCGAGUGCGUGAUGGCUCCUUUAUUCAGGAAUUUAGGUUCCAUAAUUCCCCCGAGCCUGCUAAAAACCUUACAACCCCAUAUGGCCUAUGUACAGUACUCUAUCACAGCCCUUGUUUCCCUGAAUCGUCUCACAGUACUUAUUAAUUAUAACGUUUUUGAGCCGAUUUGGAAGCGAUUCACCUGGAUAUUCAUUCUAUUAGCUUUUUUUGCUCCAUUCCUGAAAACCUACGUAAUGUUGAUAUUUAAAGCUGAAAUAUCUUACAUUGAGGCUACAGACUCAUUUGAGUUAGUCUCUAAUGAUUUGCCAUUCAGAGAGAUCUUCCUAUCCGUGUUUAUGUUUAUGAUGAUCACUAUGAUAAUCUCCACUCUUUGCAAUUUACUCAGUUUUCGGUUUCUUCGAAGUCUGAGCAUUCAACGAAAAAAGGCAGAAGCUAACUUUCUAAUAAUCAUGUCAAUUACCUGUUUUGUUCAAUUUGUUGGUGCAGUGCUCACUGGGGGUCUAUUAUUCCAUGAAUCUGCUGAAUUACUCGGAAUUAUUCUAGUGGUCCUGCCAUAUUCAAGUGACCUACUCUCACUUCUACAGCCAUGGCUCUUGGUGUGUUUUAGUAAAGCUAUCCGGAAGCAAAUCAAGGAAACGUUUGGAUGGAGCUCAGAGCAGCAUAUUGUCCAAAUUCGAUCUAUUACAAGCUGAACAAUACUAUUUUGGUUUUUGGACUGCUGAACAACAAAUAGGGAUUCAAAAGUUUUCAUUAAUAUAUGAAGCAUUGAAAUUAUAUUAUCCGUUUAAUUUGAAAUAAAUUUGAAGUAGUUUA